AUGGACGUAGACAGUGAAGUGAAGCCGUUGCUGGGGGAGAUGUCGAAGAGGCUGGACGUGGUGCGCGCAGAUCUCCUCCCAGCACUCCGGCAGCUGGACGAGGAUACGCUUCUCUCGUACUACACCGCUGAUGAGCAGGCGCGCCUGUACCUCUCUGCUGCCUUUACGUUGACACUGUCUCUAUACUCGCUGGACAAGAUCACCCAUCGCCAGGUGGCAGCCGGGAGCGGCGCGGCGCCGCGAUUGACAGAAUCUGGAAGUCGUGGUGGCGCAGCUUCAUCCGCCUUGGCAGCCUCAUCGCCAUCGUCGUUCACUUCUACAGACCCACAGCUUGUGCUCAAGAUCGAGCGCAUUACGGAGUAUAUUAAAAAACUCCAGGAGCUGGCAACACUGGAGCGGCAGAAGAAGAUUGCCACCGCCGCCACCGUUGAUGCAUCGACUGGUGCUGUCGCGACCACUGCGCCUGGUGGCAAGCGUUCACAUGCGGAGGCCUCGGCCGACAUCACCGCCACCACUGUUGAGAAGCCUGCGAAAAAGGCGAGGGAGGAUAACGGCGCGAGCGCCGAGGCGUCACUGGCGCGCGGCGAAAAUGACGACCUCGGCGAUGCGCAGAUGUUCAGCGUCGUGUCGCGGGUGGCGGGCGAGACCGGAACGCUGGUGAGCCGCUUGCUAAAGCAGACCAUGUCAUCCACGUCAGCAGCGAGCAAGGGCGAGUAG